CUGUCUCAAACAAUGCACUUCGAUUAUGAGGUGUAUAGUGUGUACUCAACGUUAACAUUCUUAUAAUCCAGAACAACACUAUAGCUUUAUUAGCGAUAAUUACGGAGUGAGUCAAUCUGAAUAAAUACAGCUGUUCAUUAUUACGUACCGCAUGGGGAGUGAGUCUCACUACCGUAAACAUUCGCGUGAAUCUACUAAUAUUGAUUGUGUGAGGAUUGUUUGGUGACAAAUGACAACUGUCGCCUGUUAUCAGUGAUUUACAAGGUAGGCGCGCUAUCUAUACUCAGUACAAAUGUGGGUAGUCAGUGGUAGCUAUGCACACACACACACACUAUUGUACAACACGUACAGACAAGCACCUGCUAUAUAAACCAGGAAGAGUAAUUGUGCAACCCAUUCGUCAAAGUUGGAUAUGCUUAGGUAACAGACAUGUUUUCUGUACGGAAUUUGGUUUGUCUGACAACCAUCUGAAAUUGAGUUAAUUUGGUACGGAGAAGGUAUCAGAACACCACAAACAUCGGACAUGUGAUAUGAUUGUGAUUACUAAUUAACGUGAAAACAAUCAGUUGGUGUAAAUAACGUUGUUCGGAGUGGCAUUACGUAACACGGGAUUGGUAGCUACACACUACGUAACUGUAGCUCACUACUAACGAACUGUAUACAAGUUAAACUUCCGAUUUGUCAUUAUAUAGAAUGGACCCCCCUGCCGACUACAACCGUUACAGAGAGUACCGAGACCCGCCACCAGAUGGGCGUUACCCACAACCAAGAGCACACGAACAAUGGAGUCCGACUAAAGGUCUCGAUUCCACUUCUCCGUCUUGGGAUCGGGGACAUUUGUCUCCAAGGGGACGGAGUCCGGAGGGUUUCCGGGAAACCGGGUUUAAUGGCAAUAUGGGCAGAUUAGGCCAAGAAGAUCGUGGGACUUUUUUUCCACCCGGCGGAGUUCAGCAACCAUUUCGACCGUUACCGCAGAAAGAUAGUGAUCAGAUUGGGUUCACAAGAGGUCCGGGCAGGGACCCAUACCAGGAAAGUUUCCGAGGGCGAUAUCUUGGUGGUAAAUCCAGGCAUGCGUCGAUGUCCUCUCGCGGUUCGAACGAGCAAAUCAGAUUUGCCUACGACAAUUCGGGGUUUCAGCCGAAAUACCGGGAGCCAGAUAGGAGGAGCAAUGGUUCAUUGCCAUCAGCUCAGCGCGGAUACAUGUUCAAUGAUUUGGGGAAAACCAGAGCCAAAGAUAAUUACGACGAUAACAACUAUAUCUACCGUAGCCGGGAAAUGGCGAACGGCAGGCCGGGCUCGACAAGCAAGAUGAAUGGAACGAAAUAUCGUCAGCAUGACAUGCACGAUGAAAUGAAGAAAGACAGACCCAGUGUAGGGUUCACCAUCCUGUUGCGAUUUUUUACGUGUUUACUCAUAUUCUGGGAUCUUGCUAAUGACUGGAUAGUAGGUGCCUCGGGACCAUCUCCCUUUGUAAAGCAAGAUAAUUUGGUAAGCAAUGGCGAAUGUGUUGUAAACACUGAUGUCUUUAGUCAUUUGAACAUCAGCACUACCGAGGUCAGGACAUCCAUAUGUUCUGACACGGUAAACGCAUGGACCUCGCUGACCGUUUUUAUGUUGCUAGGGUCACUUAUAGCUAUCAUUCAGUGUAUUAACAUCACUAUGGAAACAAUUUCUAUCGUUCGGCAGAAGAAGUUUUUCCGGAUCCUCUCGGGACAGAGUGAAAUAUUUUUGACCAUAUUCCUGGAGGAAAUACCCCAGGCGAUCAUCAUGAUAGUGCUGCUGUUCCAUUGUAAAUGUCCACCAAACAACGUGAAUAUCAAUCUCUUUGCGCUGUUAGCUAGCAUCAGUGCGUGCGCAAGCGCCAUCUUCCGUCUGUGUGUGAGCUAUGAUCACAUGACUGGGAAUGUUGGAUGCUGCAACCAAUGGUGGCGAUGCUGCUGCUGUCGCAAUAAUGACUAUUGCUGCGAAGUCAAACCCCGCGAUUUUUUCUGCACAUGUGAAAUUCCAUUUCCGAUAUGUUGUUGCACAUUGAGUUGUAAAGAUUGCAAGUGUUCUCCCGUCACCUGGUGCAAUUUUAUUCUGAAAACAUUCGGAUGUUUCUGUGAUUGCUGUCAGGAUAAAGACGUCAGCUAUGGAAUUCGUCUGGUCAAUCUGUUCGGAAUAUCUCUGCUAUUGCUGUCCGUCGGACUGCAAAUCUUCGUUUUCGUCGUUACAGUACACUAGUGUGUUGUUUUAUUCAAAUUAGACUCUUAAUUAUAUAACAUAGGAAUGUAGUAUUCUAUAAAAAAAAUAUUAAUGAAAGAUUUGUUACAAAUGCUAACCUCUUCACGUACGAAACCGUCCCCGACGUGCGAUCAGACACCUGUACUGUGUGCUUUGCUAAUGAAGUUGCAUAUAUGAUGCGCGUGCAUAUUAAACAAUGUGUUGCCUUUAUAUUUAUAAAAAAAAAUAUUGGCAUACUAUUUAUCAAGUAUUAAUCAAGUGUUAGUUAAUUGUACCUGUAUGUACAUUGUAAAUGUGUGGUCUUAUAUCUUGUACAUGUACAAAGGUCCCCAUACUUAAUUGGGUUUAAAUAUGUCAUAACAAAUCAAAAGCAUUCCUGUGAUUAGUAUGUUCGACGACUGAGAGAGAUUCCAAUUACAUGUACUUGAAGUAAUAACUAUGUCCUAAAUCGAAGGUUCUUGUGCAAAGCACUCCCCUUUCCGGGGAAUAUUAAAUUUGGAAUUAACUUAGAUUAACCUAGAUUAUUCUGAACGCAGGCAUAUACCUUUGCCUCUAUAUUCAGAUCACAGUCCUUCAAAUAAUAAUUAUAUACAUGUAAUAUAGUGUAUGUGACAUCACUCGGGUGUUAUUGUAAACAUCCUGUCGCCAGUGUCCCAAAACUUAUCAAGGCGAUUUUUAAAUGUUAUAAUAUUCGGUGCUUGGACCACGUUCUCGGGUAAGGAGUUCCAGCUGCUGACUACGUAUACACGCUUAGUAAACGAGUAUUUACGAACGUCUAAUCUACUUCUUGAUUUGUCCAUGCAGAAUGAAUGUCCUCGAGUUCUUUUGUCUUGUUUAAUUAAUAGAAGCCCCGCUGAUCCUGAUGUAUCAUAUAUGCCUGACAAUAUUUUAAAUACUUCGAUCAUGUCUCCCCUGUUCCUUCUAUGGACUAAUGAUGGAAGUUUAUGUCUAUGCAUUCUUUCCUCGUAUGAAAUAUCCUUCAUCCAUUACAGCAAUUUGGUAGCUCUCCGCUGAACGUUUUCCAAAAGGUUGAUAUCCUGUUGUUUGUAUGGUUUCCAAACGCAUGCUCCAUAUUCCAAGUGUGGUCGUACUAAAGCUUUGUAUAACAGGCAGAAUGUUUUGUUGUCCAAAAAUGUGUAAAUUCUUCUGAAUUGAAGCUCUGAAUUGAAGCUCUUUGGCGCAUUUUUGGGUUACAAUUACUUUUUUGAAGUAUUAAGCAUUCAGAUUUGUCCAUUGGAAGCAAACAUGUAGUAUAAUUAAAACGAAUUCAAGUAUGAUUAACAAUAAAGUAAAUUGUGGGCCUUGUCCGUUUGCAACAACGUAUAUUACCAAAAAUAUCUUUUAUGUAUUAAUAUAUUAAUUUUGGGCUUAGAAAUAGUUUAGGAGCUUAGAAGACAUGUGGUUAAUUUGGGUGUUUUCGUAUAUAUUUAAAAAAAAUGUUUACACUUGAAAUAAAGGUUAGUCCCUUGUGUACUAUAUUUCUGUAGAUGUGUACAGGUAAAGAGUAGAGUCCCUUGUGUACUAUAUUUCUGUAGAUGUGUACAGGUAAGGGGUAAAGUCCCUUGUGUACUAUAUUUCUGUAGAUGUGAACAGGUAAGGGGUAAAGUCCCUUGUGUACAGGUAAGGGGUAAAGCCCCUUGUGUACUAUAUUUCUGUAGAUGUGUACAGGUAAGGGGUAAUGUCCCUUGUGUACUAUAUUUCUGUUGAUAUGUACAGGUAAGGGGUAAAGCCCCUUGUGUACUAUAUUUCUGUAGAUGUGUACAGGUAAGGGGUAAAGUCCCUUGUGUACUAUAUUUCUGUAGAUGUGUACAGGUAAGGGGUAAAGUCCCUUGUGUACUAUAUUUCUGUAGAUGUGAACAGGUAAGGGGUAAAGUCCCUUGUGUACAGGUAAGGGGUAAAGCCCCUUGUGUACUAUAUUUCUGUAGAUGUGUACAGGUAAGGGGUAAAGUCCCUUGCGUACUAUAUUUCUGUAUAUCUGUGCAAUCGUUUGUGUAUUAGCUGUGUACUAUAUGUCUGUUAUAUUCGAUAGUCUGAUCGUGAUUUUUUUUAAUCAUUGACGUCAUUAAAUCAAUACUGAGAGAAGUCUAUACCCGACACACGUACACUUGAAUUUCAUAACCAGCCCGCUUACGGUGCAUCGAUUGCUUCAAGUGACGAAACGUUGAUAAAUAUUGGUUUUCUGAAGUAUUCCCCGUGAACUUGUCACACAUUUCCUCAUACCUAUAUAUAUCCUAUCUAGUAUAUAUGUCUGUAUUAUAUUUUGUAGUCUCGGGACAAUAAACAAGAGGCCCAUGGGCC